AUGCAGAAGUCCGAGAAGAAGCAGCCUGUCGACUUGGGGCUGCUGGAGGAGGAUGACAAGUUCAAGGAGUUCCCAGCUGAAGACUGGGCUGGUUUAGAUGAAGAUGAAGAUGCACAUGUGUGGGAAGACAAUUGGAAUGAUGACAAUGUGGAAGAUGAUUUCUCCAAUCAGCUAAGAGCUGAAUUAGAAAAACACGGCUACGAGAUGGAAAGCUCAUAGCUUUCAGCAAUGCUG